UUCUUUGAAAAAACUUUUAUAUAAGUUCCUGUAUAUAUCAAAUAGAGUUUUAGAUUAUUUUUAACCAUUUAUUGUUUCUAACUACUUGAAUUAUUGCAAUGCCAUUUUACAGAAUAAUUACAUAGGAUUAUUCUUGUGCUGCAGCUGGAAUGGACGUCUGUCUGGAAGCGUGGGGCAACCGUUGCAACAUUAAACAAGAAGAAGAGUACUUUUCUGGUAAAGAAGAAGAAUCUUCGCAAUACUGUGACGUCGCAGAUCCUCUGACCGUUCAACGUAGUGCUGCUGUGACGUACUUUUUAUGUGGUAUUUGCGAAACUUUCUUCGUUGAUAAAACUGACUUUGUGCAACACGAGUCCGAUGGGAAAUGUGGUAACGUCCCAGGUGAGAAUGAAACCUACACAUCAGUUCUUGCUUCGCAGAGGGAGGCUGCUCCAGAGAGCCUGGCCGUUGGUUCGUACCUUUUGUGCGAGAUCUGCGAAUCUAUUUUUGUCAGAGAAGAAGAUUUUUCCCGCCACCAAGUCGAAGCACACUGUCCCAGCUCGGAACGUUCGAAAUGCGAGGAAUUUGAGGUCAAAGCAGAACUUGAGAAAUGCAGUGCAUCACAAAAUUGCAACUGCGAGAGUAGUGAGUUAUGUUUGGGGGUCAGUGCAGCAGCCACUGCUGACAGUAACAUUUUAAACGUUAGAGAGGAACGUUAUUCUGGAAAUCUUUCUUCUGAAAGGUUGUCCUUACCAAGUAGUGAGACCAUUCUUAGUGAAAGCAGAACAAAGCUUGCACACCGUCUAAUCCUGUUUUGGUGCGAAAGUUGUAAAAAGUCAUUCCCGGACAGGACCAGCCUCAGCAAGCAUCUGUGCAGGAUACGCGCGGAAGACCCCGGGUAUAAGUGCAACUCGUGCCGCAGGGUGUUUUCAAGUAGAGGCCACCUCGAAGAGCACCGAGUGUCUCACGCCAAGGAAACCAGCUGCAAGUUUUGCGGCAAGUUGUUCUCGCGGCACUACCUCACCAUUCACUUGAAAACUCACCGGCGGGAAUGUCAGUUCAUGUGCGAGUUUUGCGGCAAGUGCUUCCGUUGCAAGGUUUACCUUAAACAGCACUUGGCCACUCACUCGGUCGACCGGUCCUUGGAGUGCAAGUUGUGUGGGAAGAAACACAUUUCUAAAAAAGCCCUCAGAGCCCACAUGACGUGUCACAUGGUCGCCAGGCCGUUCAAGUGUAGCAAAUGCGGCAAGUGUUUUUCCCACAGGAACUCGUGGAAAUAUCACACGAGAACUCACACCGGGGAACGUCCUUUCACGUGCAGAAUUUGCCAAAAGUCCUUUGCGCAAUCUUUUCAACUUGCAAGUCACAUUCUGGCCCACACGGGAGAACGUGAGUUCGAGUGCCAUCACUGCAAUCAGUUCUUCGCACGUAAAGCGACUCUAGCCCAGCACAUAGAAUUAAAACACUCGUGAUUUCAAAGGUAUUGCCUACUUGCUGGUAGGAUGAUGGCCUUCUGUGGGAAAACCCCAUGACAAUUUUAUGGAAAGUUAUGGCUAGAGCAAGAUUUUUUAAUUUCAUUUUUUUUUAAAUUAAUAUUAAUUGUAAUAGUUUAUUUUUAUGAAUUUUGUGUAUUAUGUCAUUAAUAAUGUGCAUCAGUAUGUGCAAUUACCAAAAUUUCACUUUACAUUCCAGGCUAUUGGAACUACCAAGCCUUCGUAACUGUAUUUCCAUUAGGGUUAAAAAAUAUUUGUUAGCAUGGUUUAAAAUUUUAAUCUUAUGUUUUGUCUAGCAUAAUAAAAAUACUACCCAAAUUAAUCCAAAGUACAUUUUUGUCUAGGCUUUUAGCCUAUCUUUAAGGUAUCCAAUAUUAAUGUAUUUAAUUUACUUAGCCUUUUUCCCCCCUAAUAAAACUAAUCCCUUCUGUACUUUUUUAAUAUAUUUAGUUUUUGGUUCUUAUGUUUUUGUACAUAGACAAAAAUUGUGAAUUUUUAAAUACAAACUUAAAUUAAAUGAUUUCCUAGUCAUAUUUUACGAAAUUAGGUAAUUCAUUUGAAUAUUGAUGCAAUUUUUUACCUUGGAACUCUUGUGUUAUGGAGUUUAUUGAAUUCCAUUUCGGAGUUAAUUUUGUUUGACUGCUACUCGCCGUAUAAUCUUGCCUGUACUUAUGGCAUGAUACUUAAUUGGCAUUAUGUUUUGCUAAGCAUAUACACAUUUAAUUUUGAACCCUUCAAUACAUCAUGUAUAAAAUGAAAAUUGACAUGUAGUUUCCCGCCUGAGGCAGGGUCGGCAUGGAUGGACUCUCACAGCAGCCGGCUGCCCUACCCGAGGGACAGACAUGUCGUUCCGGCCAGCCUGGAGAAUGUGUGAGGUGAGUGUAGGUGGAGUGUGGAGCAGCGACGGAAUGGAUUGGCGGGUGAAACGGAAGCACCCCGAGAAAACCCACAUGUCGCUACAACGUCCGCUUCGUUUCCCGCUUGCGACAAAUCUGGUUUCGACUCUGCUGGGAAUCAAACCCGGUCACGCCUUGGUAGGAGGCGAGUGUUCUUACCACUCAACACAUAAAAUGCAUUAUGUAAAAAUUUUUCAUUUAGUUGAUAGGUUGCACAAAUGUGUUAAAAUUUUCAAGUUUUGAAUCAAAUGAUCUUGAUUUGAAAAAAAAAAAAAUUUCAUGUAAAACCUCAAUUGUUGGGUUGUUUGUAUAAUUUUUGGUGUAUUUUUGGAUGUUCCAAUAAAACUAUUGAUUUUAACUGCAA